AUGGGUCGAUUUGGUAAUCAAGCUGAACAAUUUCUUGGCGCACUGGCUUUUACACGUAUUCUUAAUCGUACACUUGUUUUACCACACUGGAUAGAAUAUCCACAACGAGCUGCUGGAUCAUUUCAGGUCCCAUUUGAUCGUUAUUUUGAAGUAGAACCAUUAGAAAGUUAUUUAAAAGUUAUAUUGAUGGAUGAUUUCAUGAAAUAUUUAGCCAAUGAUGUUUGGCCAAAGGGACAACGAAUAGUAUUUUGCUAUACUUCUCGAAAAAAUGAAGAUAAUCAGAGUGAAGGAUGUAAUGCAAAAGAAGGAAAUCCAUUUGGACCAUUUUGGGAUAAAUUUUCGAUUGAUUUUGAUCAAGAUGUUUUUUAUCAUCCACUUUAUUUUGAUAUAUCAAGUGCUGGAGAUUGGAAUAAUAGAUAUCCACCAAGUAAAUAUCCUGUUUUGGCAUUUACUGGACCUCCGGGCGCAUUUCCUGCUGAACAACGUCAUGUUCAUCUGGCUAAAUAUUUUAUUUAUUCUAAUUAUAUUAAAAAAAAAGCUGAAAAUUUUUUAAAAAAACAUGCACCAAAAUAUAAUCAAACUAAUUUGUUAGCAAUACAUCUUCGAAAUGGAAUCGAUUUUAAACGAGCAUGCGAAUAUGUCAUACCGAAAUCGAAUUUCUUCGCUUCAGCACAAUGUCUUGGUUAUAGUCUUGAAAAAGGCAUUGUAUUAUCAAGUGAAAUUUGUUAUCCAAGUCGUAAUACUAUUAUAAAACAAGUAGAACAUGCAGUUAUUACUCACAAACCAGACUAUCUAUUUGUAGCUGCAGAUGAAGAUCAUAUGAUUCAACAAUUUCAGAAAACACUAGAAAAGAAAUAUAAUCUUAAAGUACUUAGAUAUGAUGGUAAUGAAAAUGUAAAUGAAGCAGCUCAUAUUGAUCUUUAUAUUCUGGGUGUUGUUGCUAAUCAUGCCAUUGUUAAUUGUCCAUCCACAUUUUCCGCAUUUGCUAAACGUAUGCGUGAUGUAAAUGAAAAACAAACAGAUUUUUGGGGUUUAGAUGUAAAUGAGAAUGAUCAAAAAGAAAAAAUUGAAAAUUAUGAAAAUAAAAUUGAGCUUUGA